AUCAGACGAUAUGAAUUAUAUUCGCCAGUAGAAUCUUGAAUUUGACGGUUUAUAUGAUACUUUCCAUUUUUGAAAAUAUCAUACAAUCUCCAUACCAGUCACUGCAUCCUCUAGCGAUACUUUGAAGCUCAGUUGAGUACUGUCAUCCACUCUCCCCCUCUCUUUCUACAUCGACAGAGCUUUUGACAAUGGAGAGAAGAGUCAUCAUCAUCGGAGCCGGAAUAAGUGGCCUUCUGGCCUGCAAGUACACCAUCCAAAAGGGCUUCAACCCCGUUGUCUUUGAGGCCAAGUCCACCAUUGGAGACGUUUGGUUGAAGCACAUUAUCCAGUCCUCGGAGCUCCACAACCCCGGGAAGGACUUGCAGUUCUCGGACUUUGACUGGCCGUCCCCUACUGGGGGCGGGGACAGGUUCCCAGCCCACACUGACGUCUUUGAAUACAUUAAGGCCUAUGCCAGGAAAUUCGGGCUGUUGCCACACAUCCAACUGAACUGCCAGGUCACUGGUAUCCGGUAUGUUGGGGAGACUGAGCAGGAAAUGGAAAUGGGGGACAGAUGGGGCGGCACGGGGACUGCGUUCGGGUCGGCUGGUAAGUGGCAUGUGUCUGUCCACAAGAAGGAGACCGAUUCCAUAGAGGUGCACCAAGCUGAAUUUGUGAUCCUCUGUAUCGGAUGUUUCAUCGGUCUCCCAAACAUUCCGAAGCUACCUCCAGACCAGUCCAUUGAGCGGUUCUGCGGGAAAGUGUUGGAUUCCAGGGUAUACUCUGCUCUGGAUGAUUUGGGGGCUGCAGAACUCAUCAAAAGAAAGCGAAUCACCGUCAUUGGUUCGGGGAAAUCUGCAGUGGAUAUUGCAGCUGAAUGUGCAGACACAAAUGGGGCCGAGUAUCCUUGUACGAUAAUCCAACUGACGCCCCAUUGGGUGCUUCCCUGUGUUUCCCUGCGGGGUGCACAUAUCGGCUACUUAUACAGCAAGCGGUUUGCAGAACUAUCAACACACCAGCCUGGUGAAUCUUCGCUGCACAGACUUCUUGCCACCGUAUUCUCGCCCCUUAGAUGGGGUAUUUCAAAAUUCGUUGAGUGCUAUCUGCAGUGGAAACUUCCACUCAGGAAGUACGGGAUGAUACCGAACCAGAGUUUCCUUCAAGAUGUAUCCUCCGGUUCUAUCUUUAGGCUACCUAAGAACUUUUACGAUAAGGUAAAAAAGGGAAGCAUCAUCUUGAAGAGAUCAAGAGGUUUUGGAUUCGUUGAAGAGGGAGUCAUCCUCAAAGGAGAAGACCGGCCUAUAAGAACCGAUCUGGUGAUUCUUGCCACAGGUUACAAAGGCGACCAGAAGCUUGCUAACAUGUUUGAAUCUCCAAUCUUCCGGAAAUACGUCACCCACUCGUCUACUUCAAUAAUUCCUCUGUACAGGCAGACAAUCCAUCCCCGAAUUCCACGCCUCGCAGUAAUUGGGCAAGCUGAGAGCAUGUCAAACUUGCCCCUGUUUGAGAUACGGUGCCAGUGGCUUGCGCAGUUCCUUGACGGAAAGUUUGAGUUGCCUAGUAUUAAGGAAAUGGAGAAGGAUGUGAAAGCGUGGGAAGGCCAUGUGGAGCGAUAUGGGGGGAGGAAGUUUUGGAUGUCAUGUAGUGGGGAAAUAGCCACUGAGAAGAACCCGACUCCAGAUACUGAAAUAUUCUCGUGUCCAAUCUGCUACAAUCCACUCAUGAGAAAAGGCCCGCCGGGUCUAAACUUGAGAGCUAUACAUUGGUCGGGGUUUGAGUGUGAGAAAUGCAAUAAGACAUAUUCCAGCAAAGACAACUAUCUUGAUCUCACUCUAGUUGCGGGCUUGAAGGAGUACAAUGAAAUCAAACCAGCCGGGACCGAACUGUUCAGGAUCCCACUUGUUUCAUUUUUAUACGAAAGAGGUUGGCGACAGAACUUCAAACGAAGUGGCUUCCCAGGUCCAGAUGAAGAAUUUGAAAUGGCUCAAAGGUACUUUAAACCUGCAGAAGGCGGACUUCUAGUUGAUGUUAGCUGCGGGAGUGGUCUGUUCUCGAGGAGAUUUGCCAAAUCGGAGACUUACUCGGGAGUUAUCGCCCUUGAUUUCUCGGAGAACAUGCUCCGUCAGUGCUAUGAUUUCAUUAAAAGCGACAGCUCCCUAAUGGAAGCGAACCUUGCUCUUGUGAGAGCUGAUGUCGCGAGGCUUCCCUUUGCUUCAGGCUCAGUAGAUGCUGUACAUGCUGGUGCAGCUCUGCACUGCUGGUCAUCGCCUUCCAAUGCCAUUGCAGAGAUCACCCGUGUUCUUCGUAGCGGGGGAGUUUUUGUUGGGACCAGCUUUCUUCGGUACAAUCCAGCUACUCCGAGGAUUCUAAGGCUCUUGAGACAUGUUCUUCCGACAAACUACAUCUUCCUGACGGCAGAGGAGAUCAAGGAUGUGUGUAUGUUGUGUGGCCUCACCAACUACGCGAGUGAAAUUCGGCAAUCCUUCAUCAUGUUCUCCGUUCAGAAGCCCUGAGACAUUGGUCACCUUUUUGAACCAAUACUUUGUUCUUAUCUCUAUCGAUUGUUAACGGCACUCUGCUUAUGUACAUUGAUGAAUAUACAACACAUGAAGACCAUAGGACAAUGAGAGAUGGGCAUAUCUAGCUUAGGUUUCUUCUGCUAAUGACAUCCUUCUUGCUGC